ACCCCCGCCGCCGCCGCUCCCGCCCUUUCCGCCGGCGGCGCGCCCGUGACGGCGCCUCCCAAGAUGGCGGACAACCUGCCCACAGAGUUCGAUGUGGUGGUGGUGGGCACCGGUUUGCCUGAGUCCAUUAUUGCAGCAGCGUGUGCCAGAAGUGGCCAGAGAGUUCUUCAUGUGGAUUCGAGAAAUUACUAUGGUGGAAACUGGGCCAGCUUUAGUUUUUCAGGAUUAUUGUCCUGGAUUAAAGAAAAUCAGCAAAAGACAGAUCUCAGUGAUGAAUGUGAGGACUGGAGAAAACUGAUCCUUGAGGAUGAAGAAGCAAUUCCUCUUAGCAGCAAGGAUAAAACUAUUCAACAUGUAGAAGAUUUCUGUUUUGGCGAUCAGGAUUCAGCUGAAGGUGUUGAAGAAGCUGGUGCACUGCCAAAGCUGCCUGUGUUUGGAGCCCCUGCUGCCCAGGGGGUUUCUCCGGGGCCGGAGAAGGAGAGUCCAGCAGCCAAGGGGAUUCCGCGGGGAUCAGAGGAGAGCCCAGCAGCAGAGGGGGUUUCUCCAGGGUUGGAGAACGAGAAUCCAGCAGUGGAGAGCCCUGCAGAGGAGCCACAGAGCCCAGAGGCAGAGCAGGCCCCGGGCUCUGAGGCAGCCAGGGCAGCUGCAGGGGACGGGGCAGGAACAGCCCCUGGCAGUGGAGCUGCUCCCAGCACGGCUGCAGGCGACUCCGCUCCGCAGCCGGCGAAGACGGAAGCUGCGCCCUCCGAAAAUGCUGCCCAGGAACCAAAGAAAAUCACCUAUUCCCAAAUUGUUAGAGAAGGCAGAAGGUUUAAUAUUGAUUUAGUUUCUAAGUUGCUUUAUUCCCGGGGCCUGUUAAUUGAGCUCCUCAUUAAGUCCAACGUGAGCAGAUACGCUGAGUUCAAAAACGCCACGCGAGUUCUCGCCUUCCGAGAAGGGAAAGUAGAACAGGUGCCUUGUUCUAGAGCAGAUGUCUUCAACAGCAGACAGCUCACCAUGGUGGAGAAGAGAAUGCUUAUGAAAUUCCUGACGUUUUGUUUGGACUAUGAACAGCACCCCGAGGAGUACCAAGCCUACGAGAGCAGCACGUUCGCUCAGUUCCUCCAGACACGGAAGUUGACCCCCAGCUUGCAGCACUUCAUCCUUCACUCCAUUGCAAUGGUGUCAGAGACUGAGAGCAGCACUCUGGAAGGUCUUCAGGCAACAAAAAAAUUCCUGCAGUGCCUUGGCCGCUAUGGCAACACCCCGUUUUUGUUCCCUCUGUAUGGGCAAGGAGAGAUCCCACAGUGCUUCUGCAGGCUGUGUGCUGUGUUUGGGGGGAUCUACUGCCUCCGUCACGCCGUGCGCUGCCUGGUGCUGGACAGAGCCUCGGGACGGUGCAAAGCUAUUGUGGAUCAUUUUGGGCAAAGAAUAAGUGCCAACUAUUUUAUUGUGGAAGACAGUUACCUCUCAGAGAGCACAUGCACAAAUGUGUGUUACAGGCAGAUCUCCAGGGCAGUGCUCAUUACAGAUCAGUCUGUAUUGAACACAGACUCAGAGCAGCAGGUUUCUGUUCUGACAGUGCCUCCCCUGGAGCCGGGCAGGGCAGCAGUCUGUGCCAUCGAGCUCUGCUCCUCCACCAUGACCUGCAUGAAGGACACCUAUUUAGUCCAUCUAACCUGUCCAUCAACUAAAACUGCAAGGGAAGAUUUAGAGCCUGUUGUACAGAAGUUAUUCAGUCUAAAUACAGAAAAAGAGACUGAAAAUGAAGAACUGGAGAAACCCAGAGUCCUCUGGGCAGUCUACUUCAACAUGAGAGAUUCCUCAGGAGUGGAGAAGAGUUCCUAUGCUGGCUUACCCUCCAAUGUUUAUGUCUGCUCUGGGCCAGACUCUGCUUUAGGAAAUGACUGUGCUGUCAAACAGGCUGAGACUAUUUUCCGAGAAAUGUUUCCAACAGAGGAAUUUUGCCCCCCACCACCGAAUCCAGAAGAUAUUAUUUAUGAUGAAGAUGAGAUUGAGCCAGAAGAGUCUGGAUUGAAUAAUUCACCAGAGACAAAGCCUGAAACUUCAGCUGAGGAGAGCAGUAGUGAAGGUGGUGCUGCUGUUACAAAGAAUGAAUGAAUGAAUGAAUGAAUGAAUGAAUGAAUGAAUGAAUGAACAGUGUUCUCUUAGGAGAAGAGGAGGUUGACCCAAACUAGGACAUAAGAGAGGAAGGGUUAGAAAAAGAGGUUUUGAACCCCCAGUCAUGUGUUAUUUGCCAUUGCCUUACUUCCCUUAGCUUGGAUCAUCUUUUUAAAGACGUUUCAUUGAUAGCUGAGACACUUCUAAACAGUCAGAGGUCCACCAGACCCAGUGGGGUUUGUAUCUAAACACAAAAAUACAGAAUGAAGCAUCUAAAUGAAAGUGCUAAAAUAGAAUUCGUGAUUUAUUGAGAUGAUUUGGUUUUGUUUUACAUCUUGGAAAGAUUCCUCCAUCUUUUAAAGAGGAAGUCAAAACUAAGCAAAAGAAAAAAGUGCAAGUUUGAUUACCAGUUAGAAGAUGAUUUCUACUAAAAAUCCUUGGAUCUCUGCUAAUUAAACAGCUGAAGGUGAGGCUCACCAUCUGUCCUUCACAGUGAUCUUAUGAAUGGGAUUUAAAGGCAAUAAUAUUGGCAGUUCUGCAGUGGCUUUAUUCUGUGAUUUUGAAACUGAUGCCAUAAUCAAGUAGGAAAUACAAUCCAGAAGGUGUUCCUCAGAUGGAACUAUUUUACAUUCAGUUAUUUUAGUAAGAUCUAACAGAUAACACAUUUUCUCUAGUGACUUCAUUUACUGGAGUCAGGAAAAUGGCAGAAUUUAAACUUAAUGCCAGAUUUCCCAGCAAAAUUCAGUCAUAAAUGGAGCAUUCCUGUUAUUAGCCCCCUGGAUUUGUUGCACUGUUUGGGCCUUUAGUAAGUCAGUAGUUACUUUUUGGAAGUUUGGGGUCUGAGAAGUUUAAAUGACCAUUGGCUGAGGGAGUUUGUGGUGGAGAGAAGGUUCAGCUGAUAAUUCCAAAGGUUUGUAUUGAUCCCAGUUAAUAGGAUUAAAAUUAGUGUGAUAGCUGUAAACUAUGCAUUUUGUAAUGAUAAACCAUGAAGCAUUUAUACAGUAAAAUUUAUUGAAAUAUUUAUAAACCUAGUUUGUAUGAAAAAAACUACAAAAUGAGAAAGCUGUUGUAAAUGACCAUGUUAAACUUGCACUUCUUCUAAACCAUGCUUGAAAUCAGGUAUGAAAAGUAUUUAUCAUGUACUUAAAGAUUUACUUUAAAAGGCACACCCAGUAGAUCAGUAGUAUCUCUAGAGUUGAUGAGUUGGGGUUUAAACUUCUUCAUGAAGGUAGAGCCAGUUCCAGGAGUGCUUAAAUACUGUAAGUAAAUAAAAAAUGCCAUAAAUCAUGAACAUUGAGCUCUGCCUGGCCGUGCCACAGCCAGGCUUCUGUACAGUCCUGUGGUGCCUGUGCCUGCCCUGAACCUGGCUCCAGGCCAGAAAGGGGAAUUUAUUUAUUUUUUUACAGCAUAACUGAUACUGUUCUCUUUGUCCUGCAUCAUGCCCACUGUCCAGUUUGCAUUUCAGGGUUAGUGUUUGCACCCUUUGUUGGAUAGGUACUGGUAUGUGUGUUUCUGUGUGUGCAUCAUCCCAGAGUCCUCAGAAAAACACGUGGCUGGAAUGUUCCCAGUGUUCAACAACUGUAACCUCUGAAUGCUUGUGAUUGAGCAGUUAUUUAUAUAUAUAAAUAUAUCUAUUAAUAAGCAGGCUGCCUCUUCAUUUAGCUGUAAUUUCUCUGUGUAUUGGGAAGCAUGAGUGUAUGGUGAUUUUAUUUAACAUCUGCAGAUCUGUAAAAGAGCUAAGUGGAGGGACCUAUCCCUGUCUGUCUCUCAAGAACAGGGAUCAUAGCUGAAUCUCUCAUCUGUGUUUACAAGGAAAUCUCUUGAUGAAAAUUAAAGGUUUGCUUGCAA